CUACAGGCUGCCGAUGUUAGUUCUUCCAUAUGUGGACAUAUAUAACGGAAGGUGCCUGGUAAGUCAGUGGCAUCUCUUCUUAUACGAUUGAUACACCUCAACCUCCAUGAGUGGCAUUGCCCUACAGCUUGAAUUUCGAACUACGAAAACAUAUCCAGGUGGACCAAAUGGCAGCGCUUUCGUCGUUCUUUAAAGUGGGCUCUGCUUUUGCCCUAAUCACCGGUACCUCGGACGUUCUCUUGGGCGUCGGAAUAGUAGAGCGCACCACUGGCGUCUCGUUUCCUGUCAAUUCUGCUGCAGCAGUGUUUGCCGACAGCCAGAUUCGGUUUCUUGGUGGGAUGUGGGCAGGCUGGGGAGCGAUGCUCUGGUGGGCAAGCAAUGACCUCCGCACUCGACGCGUUCCGUUGGCAAUUCUUGGAGCUGUCAUGGUCCUUUCUGGGAUUGGAAGAUCAAUUUCUGGAGUACUCCAUGGGUUCGGCUCUGGUUUGGUAGUAGGAGCCACGGCGGUGGAGCUGGUAGUGCCGCCCGUUAUCUGGAUUUUUGGAAGAUGGUGAGGCCUGGGAGCGACAAGACGGAUACCUAUGUGAGAUCUCACACUGACACAUGUUACCUACACCUUUACAUGGGAACAUUUGCGGCUGGGCCACCACGAUGAUGGAUCGACGGAUUCGUUCUUGGAAUGCGUCAUGCCUGUACAUCUCAACUCUCUCUUCUCUGUAUGAUUUGACUUCGUUGUAAA